CUUCUGCCGAUUCCUUGCCGAUCCCGACUUCGAUCCUCAUUACGGCUGACAGCGGUUGUCUUCUUGUCCUUGCUCAACCAAGUCAUCAUUCCUUUUCCUCAUCACUGUUGACGUUUCGCUUGUUGAUGGUGGGUCCUGAACAGAUUCUCCAUCGCUUCUCAAUUGCUGAAGAGGCUCGGUCUAAUUACCUACCCACCGAAAACCGCCGGCGCCCUGUUUGGAAGGGGUGUAGUACGCUACCUCUUUAACUCCAACACCAUCAAACGAGGACGGUUCCUUGCUUCCCACACCAUGAGAGCUCGGCCAACAAAACUGCAGCCAUGGCCGACAUUCCCAUUUUGAGCAGCAACCUGAACGGCUCGGACACAAAAGAAAGAGCGCGAGCGCGAGCCUGUGUCUACUGUAACAAGUCCAAAACCAAGUGCAUAUGGCCUGAUGGUGAACCGGGUGUUGGCGCUUGUCAACGGUGUGCCCGGUUGCAUCGUCCCUGCACGGUCCCUCACACGGCGAAAGAAAGACGGCGCGGAAGAGGUACUCGAGUCGGCCAACUAGAGGAAAAGAUUGACGGUCUCGUGUCACUCCUGAACGCUUCAAGGCAGAUUCAACAACAGUCUUCAGCACCAAGAUCGGCUUCAACAACAUCUGAACCCCCUAUCUCCGGCCAUGAUGCGCCAGACAGCGCAGUCUUUGGUCAACUGCCAACACCGGCGACAUCAAGCCAGGAACAGCCAUCGGCCUCGCGACCCUUUUGUAUACUCCCCAUGAGCUGCCACCAUGUCAAUGAUGGUCACCCUGGAGAUUGUACCGGCCAACAUGGACAAGAUUGCCCUCCUCCGGGCCAUACCACCCUUCAGACUCCAACCUCUACUGCCCUGAGUUCCUCUGGAGGGUCCGAGCCUACAAACAGUUACAUACCGCCAACGGCUUGCAUCGAGAUCACUCCACAGCCAUACGGCUACCUGCGCAUAACCAUGGGUGAAGCAGAUCGGUUGCUCAAGUUAUACCAAACCGACUAUCAUCCUCGAUUCCCGUUUGUGCCCAUCCCACGGAAUACAACAGCGCAAGACCUUUUCCAGAGGCAGCCAUUCUUAUUCCGGACCAUUAUUCAGAUCGUUGCCCCUCAGAGCGCCGCUUCGCAACGUGGUUUCACGACUUGGUUUCGUGAGUACAUUGCAACCCAUAUCGUUGUCAAACAGGAGAAGCGGCUGGACCUGCUACAAGCCAUAUUGCUGUUCAUUGCAUGGAGCGAAUCUCAUUACUAUGCUGAAUCAUGGGUGACAACCUUGCACCAGCUAGCAGUCGGUCUUGUGGUAGAUCUGGGCCUCAACAGCCACAAACCCUCCAAGCAGGACGGCAAUGGUGCAAAUCAGUUUGUGGAAGAUGCCAGGCGUCUCAAUGGCCACCGGGGACGGCCGCCUCAUACACUAGAAGAUAUGCGGGCCUAUCUCGGAUGCUUCUAUGUCAGUUCACUCACGGCUGCCUUAUUUCGACAUAUCCCUUUGAUGCCCUGCUCCACCUACUUAUCCUUCUGUUGUGACAAGAUCGAAGCCGAGCAGGAAUACAUUGCGGACACAUACCUUGUGGUCCUCAUUAGAAUGCAUCGCAUUCUUUGUAGGAUCAUUGCGGUUUUCCCGGCUCCCGAUUCGGAUGGGAGCGGUACUGCGACCUUCUCCGCAGCCGCACACAUGGCAAUGUCAAAUCUGCGUGCCGAGCUAGAUGAUUUCAAGUUGCAAGUACCAAGGAACAUUCGAGACAAUUUGUCGUUUGAGAUUGGCCUCAAAGGCAUACUCGUCAGGCUAUACGAACCCGUAGUCUAUAUGGCGUCAUCGCCGGUUUCAUCCAUUGACGGCAUCCGAAAGUCGGAAGCAAUGUGGUGCUGCCUGGAUGCUCUCAAAGCAACGUUGGAUGCAUAUGCUUCCAUCCCCGUGGCCGACCUCAGUUAUCUACCCUUCAACACCUACUGCCACAUGACAUUCUCCUUGAUUACCGCUACACGCCUGGUUGUCUUGCAAGAUCCGGAUUGGAAUAGCAAGCUCGCGGGCGAAAGCCUUGACUUUGCCGGCAUAACGCAACGCAUUAGUGACCGGUGCGAUCAGGCGGACACCGUGGCCAUUGCAGAAGAAUGGCGGCGAAAGCGCAAAUAUGUCAAUGACACUGUGUCAGUGAUGUCCAUGCACCGCAACAAGCUCCGAUGGAUUCGUUCGUGGUAUCUCUCCAAGACAGCAGCACCGAAUCCUGCCGCUCCUGAAAGUCACUCACCGGUACACCAUUCGGAUUCACAAUACCAAGGACAAAUCCUGCCAGCUACUGAGAUGAUCGCAGAUACCGGGAACCCCGCGCCCGUUGAGGCACUGUCGCCGGUGUCAUUCCUAGGCGACGAAUGGUGGCAAGCAAUGCUGGAUGAUAUGAGCUUUCUCCAGCCGUAG